CCCUUCGCCGCAGCCGCCAUUUUGUGGGAGCCAGAAGGAGCGAGAGGCAACAAGGAGGACUUCGCCGUCGUCGUCGUGAGGAGAGCCGCGGGCAGGGAGCCUCGCCGCGCGCCCUUAGCCGCCCACUCUCUUCCCCAUCCGCCCCCCGGCCCCUGCCCCUUCCUCGCCGGCCAUGCCCUCCUCGCCGCUCCGGGUGGCGGUGGUCUGCUCCAGCAACCAAAACCGCAGCAUGGAGGCCCACAAUAUCCUCAGCAAACGGGGCUUCAGCGUCCGAUCGUUCGGGACCGGGACCCACGUGAAGCUGCCAGGACCAGCUCCAGACAAGCCAAACGUUUACGAUUUCAAAACGACAUACGAUCAGAUGUACAGUGAUCUGCUUAGGAAAGACAAAGAACUCUAUACACAGAACGGGAUUUUGCACAUGUUGGACAGAAACAAGCGGAUCAAGCCAAGGCCGGAAAGAUUCCAGAACUGCAAAGAUGUCUUUGAUCUCAUAUUGACGUGCGAAGAAAGAGUCUACGAUCAAGUAAUAGAAGAUUUAAAUUCUAGAGAACAGGAGACGUGUCAGCCCGUACACGUGAUAAACGUGGACAUUCAGGAUAAUCACGAAGAGGCAACGUUGGGGGCUUUUCUUAUCUGCGAGCUCUGUCAGUGUAUACAGCACACGGAAGACAUGGAAAAUGAAAUAGACGAGUUGUUACAAGAAUUCGAAGAGAAAAGUGGACGGACUUUUCUGCACACGGUCUGCUUUUAUUGAAAGCACGUCUGUCUCCUCCUCUAGGCCUUACUAUUGCAGACAAAAGAAGCAUGAAGUCAUGUUCUCAAUCGACUGGACUUUCGCCCUUCUCCUCGGAGAGUGACUUUACGACCUACAUUUUCUCACAGUUGCUGUUUAAAUUCUUUUUUUUUCUUCCUUCCUUGGUGUUUUUUUUUAAACUUUUUUUGGGUGUUUCGAUGUUGAAACACCAAAGACGAACUAUGUGUAUGAAAACAAAGGAAAUUAUUAUAAACGUAAAAGCUGCUUUAUUUAAGAGAGAUUAAAAAAAUCAAGAUUUUUGAAAAGCCUUUUCGCCAUCUCUCCUCUUCCCUUCAAUAUCCUACUUUUAACAGUUACAAGGAGGGUUUUAAGGAUAAAGAUAAUAUUUCCAGAAUGGUCUUGUUUGUAUUUUCCAGCUUAAAAAGGUUUUAUUUUAGUUGUUUUGGAGGUUUAUUUUGUGGAGGAGGAUGGGAAUACCUUUUUUAUUUUAAUAGAAGGGGCUGAAUGUCUGGGAUAUAUAAAGUAUGACUGGGAUAAAUAUCUGUAUAUUAUUAAGAAUGAUAUUGGAAGUCUCCAAUAAAUCCAAACCGCUCUA